AUGGGUCUCUUCAGUCACCACCACGAUAAGCACCACGAGGGCCACGGCCAGCAGCAAGGUCCCGGCGGACCCCACGGUGGUCCCCAACAUAACGGUGGUCCUAGCGGCCCUGGCGGCCCUGGCGGACCUCAGGGUGGAUUCCAGGGACAGCAGCAGGGUGGUCCUGGAGGCCCUGGAGGAUUCGGAGGACCCCAGGGUGGAUUCCAGGGACAGCAACAUGGUGGCCCCGGUGGCCCCGGUGGCUUCGGUGGUCCUCAGGGUGGCCCCGGCGGUCCUGGAGGCUUUGGCGGCCCUGGACAGCACCAGGGCGGACACGGCGGAAACGGCGGUCCCGGUGGUCCUCAGGGAGGACACGGUGGACGUUAA